CUUGUAUUGUGCCAACGUUGUCGAUCACAAGCCAACAAGAGAACCCAGACGGCAAGAUGGCGGCAGCAGAUCAAAGCAUUGGGAUGAUGGACGGCGCAUACUUUGUGGGGCGCAAGGAUAUCCUGGACUGGGUGAAUGCCACAUGCGCGUUGAGCUUGACCAAGGUAGAGCAAACGUGCACAGGUGCCGUCGCGUGUCAGAUCCUCGAUGCGAUUUACCCCGGGAAAGUUCAAAUGUCCAAGGUCGACUGGAGCGCCAACAAGGACUACGAGUACAUCCAAAACUACAAAAUCUUGCAGAAGACGUUCACGACACUCAAGAUUGAUCGCCACAUCGAGGUGGACAAGCUCAUCCGAGGAAAGUACCAAGACAACUUGGAGUUCAUGCAAUGGUACAAGCGAUUCUACGAGUUGAAUGCUGGGGGAGCGGGCGACUACGACCCCAUUGCACAGCGAGAGAAGGGUAAAGGCGGCGCCGCAUACUCGGCCAAGUACAAGUUUGCAGGUGCGACCGCGGGAGCGCCGGCACCAGCCAAGAAGCGCCCGGUCGCAUCGACGUCCAAAGCAUCUGCCAAGCCUCCCGGUGCACCCGUGUCUGUGGAGAAGGAGAAAGCCGGUGGCUUCCGUCGUACGAGCGAUUCCGCGGCGAGCAGCAAGGAGCUUGAAGAGUCUAUCCGUGAAAACGAAGAGUUGAAUGAAGCAAACGGGAUUUUGCGCGGACAGAUUGAAGGCUUGGAGAAGGAGCGCGAUUUUUACUUUGGCAAACUUCGUGACAUCGAGUCCAUGCUCCAGGAACUGGACGAGUCCCAGCACACAGACGUCAUCAAGAAGAUCUUUGAGGUCCUUUACGCAGCGGAAGGCGACUUCAGCGUGCCAGACGACGACGCCGGUGGCGAAGACGAGUUGAUGUAGCUCUGGCCACUCUAUACCGUGAACAAAAGCCACGCCGACUUGUUUGCUUGAUUUUGAUUUUACAGUGGUCGAGCGAGCCCUUUUGUGCUUGUAUUUGAGAUUCCCAGAAAAAAUAUAUGAAAUUCAGUAGGGAGAAGUAGAAUACUAUUAAUAGUACAUUACUGUACUUUUCA